CUUUAUAGCCUCAAAUGCGUCUUUUCAUAAUGCUUGAAAUAGUAGCGCUUUUAUUCUGAGAUGAAAUUGGACCGGAAGCGUUGUCUCUGCUCAAGUUAGCCCAGCUAGCAAUGGAGCAGUCUGAAGAAAGACGUUGGAGGACACCUCGGCCCUGUGAUGACUACUGGAGUGAAUUCAAGCAUUGCAAAAGCUUGUGGAACAAAUUUCACCAUUAUUAUGCGUACGGCACUUCCCCAUCCUGUCAGCAGUGGAAAGAGGACUACCAUAACUGCAAAGAGUGGGAGAAACACAGAGACGCUCAAGCCAAGGAAGCCUUGCAGAUGAGUGAGAGGAACAGAGUAGCAGAGCAGAGAAAGUUCACUCCAGUGUGGAAACUGAGGCAAAACCCUCCAAGAGACUGGCACAUGCCCUUGAACCAGGAAAAACCUCAGGACUCGUGAGCUGUCACUAUAAACCUGCUGUCUGUUUUUCGUGGUGGCCAAAACAAAGUGAACUGAAGAUUCUUGUCAUUUAAUGCACUUAACAAAGUUGCUUAGAACCACAUGCUGGAGAGACUGGUCAUCAUUCAUUAUCAUCUUAAGUCCUGUUUCAUGAGCUGCUGAAUGAAAACAGAUGUGUUGUAAUGCUGUAACAGUGGUAGCAGCAUCUAGUGGUCAAUGAUGAGGAUGACAGCGUUUGGUCAAAAAAACAAAAAAAAACUCUGCAUAAGCAUUGUUGUUGUUUUUUUUGCUGAUAAUCAUUUCUCCAAAGCUUGUGUAAACUGAAGCACCAAGGCUGACUGCACUCAGACUCACUGUAAAUGUGUUUUGAAUUGCAUGAAUUGUCUUCAGUGUCGGUAAAUGUGCUGUUUUUGAUGCCAUAGUAAAUACUCCUCUGUGACAAUUAAAGGUAUUAAUAUUGGUAUGAAUAAUGACAGAAUUCAGCUCUACAGUUUCAACAGAAUUGUGCUAUUUUAUGCCAUUAUGGCUUUACACUUAAAUAACACAAAUUGUUUCAAAGUAUUCUAAACAAAUUGGCAAAAUAAAAAAACAUUUUUUAUUUUUAGUUUUCUUCUGUUAUUUUGUAUACAGAGAUGUAAAUGUGGAAAAUAAUUUCCAUGAAUGUUGUUGCAUUUGAUACAGAAAUCAAACAACUCUGGUGACUCUGCAAUUCAUGAAAACAUACAUGUGUGUCCUUCACACAUACACGUGCAGACUAUUAAAAGGCUGCAUCUUGGCUUAUUGAAUCACAUAUAGACAACAACACACUACGUCCAUGACGAGACACACAGG